UUGUUCUAGUCUUCAUAGUUCCAGUCUUUAUAGUUGUACUAGUAAAUACAGAAUUUCGGUCAGGAAGCACAAGUCUCCAAUUGAUAUUGUGACACAUACUUAGUUAGUUGAUGUAUUUGCACUUAGAUGAAACUGAAGGCAUUUUUGUUAAGUUCUAAAAAGUGGCAUCAAAAGGUGAUAAUUAUUACCAUAAAAUGAAUAAUAAUAAAGAUUAUAUCAAGUGUACAUAGACAGUUUUAUAUAUAAAUAAAACUCUAAUUUAUAUAACAUAAUUAUAUAAUAAUGAGUUUAUAUCAGUGUCUUAUUCGUACUCAAAUAAGAAAUUACAUAUGCGUCUUAUCAAGGAGCUAUGUAAAAAGUUUGGAACAUUCUACAGCAGGAAUAAUUGUUAUUGGGGAUGAAAUAUUGAAAGCUCAAGUAAAAGAUACAAAUUCCUGUUACAUAUGUAAUUUAUUAUAUAAAUGUGGUAUUAAAGUAAGGAAGAUUUCUGUCAUAGGCGACAAUGUUGAAGAAAUUUCAAAAGAAAUUAAAGAUGCCUCCAAAAAAUAUACAUAUGUUAUAACAUCUGGGGGAAUUGGGCCAACACAUGAUGAUGUUACAUAUGAAGGUCUUGCCAAAGCUUUUAAUGAUAAGCUACAUUAUCAUCCCAAAUUGGUAGAUAUAUUAAAAUGUCAUGUUGGGAUCAAUGAUGCUUCGUCCCCUAUUUAUAAAAUAGCUCAAAUACCUCAGAAAGCAUCUCUUAAAUUUGGUUUGCACACAAACGAAAGAAAACCAAAUAUUUUUCCAUACAUUACGUUAGAAAAUGUAUAUGUAUUUCCUGGUUCACCUGUAUUUCUUAAAAAAUCUUUUCAAAACUUGUACGAGGAAUUGCUUUCUACGAACAAGAGAUUUGUAAAAGACGAAAUGUUUAUUAAUACUAGAGAAGAUUUAUUUGCAAAUGCUUUAUCAACUGUAGCAAAAGAAUUUCCCAAUGUUUCUUUCGGUUCUUAUCCAGUGAGCAAUUGCAGGUAUUUUAAAGCAUUUGUAACCAUAGAGAGUGAUAACGAAAAUGAUACUAAAAGAGCGAAACAAAGAUUUUGCGAACUAAAUCCUGCAAAUAUUUUCGUAAAUUUUGACCGAACGCCGCAUAUAGAUUGUAUUACCAAGUAUAAUAAUUUUCUUCAAGAUUGCGCACAUCGAUCGAUUUAUGAGCAAUCUCUUGAAAAACUUAGACAAUUUUAUCAGAAUCCUGAAUGCGUCACAAUAUGUAUCGAUGGUAGUAUAGAAUCAAGUGUUGUUAUUCAUCUCGCUCAUAUAUGUAGAACUCAGUUACAUUCUGAUAACAAAUUGCAAGUGGUUUACUUAAAAAACGAGAUAGCGGUUGACAUGGAAGAAUUCUUCAAAGAAAUGGUUGACAAGUAUCAUUUAAUAACGCCCACUAUGGAAACUACAGUUGAUAAUAAGAUAAAUAAUAAAUAUAUAAAUAACAUAAAUAUGAGUAAGAUGUAUACGAAUAAUAUAGUUCGAUCGCAUUUACGACCAAUAUUGCUAAUUGGAGGGGCUGAAAAAAAUGGCAAAAAUAAAAUUAAUGGCAACAUGGAUGAUAUGAAUCAUUUUGAAAUCUAUAAUCCAUUGUGUAAUUGGACGAAAAAAGAUGUAUGGACGUUUGCUUCAUCGCUGUAUCUGCCAUAUAAAUUUGAAGCUUGAAAAAGAGUAGCAAGAGCAAAUUAUAUUUCAAAAAACUACAACAAGCGCAUGAUAUGGUUUGUUUUUUAUGACAUUAUUCUAUGCGUAUAGCACAAAUGUGCACAUAUAUGAAAGAAAAUUGUAACAAUAAUACAACAAUAAACAUAUGGGACAGAA